AUGGAUGGUCAAUCACUUAGCGUGAUGCGGUGUAAGAGGAUAUUAUACAACCCAGGCUACAACUGUGUUCGCAUUAAGAAGAAUGAAAGAAAAUUGGUUGUUAAAGCUUGCUUCUCUGAUGCCUCAGGACGGAUGGGUUUUGGAGAUGAGGAUAUGAUUGUUUUGAGAUGUCGGAUUCAUAAGUUAAGAAUGGAGGAGAAUAAUUAUAUUCCUCCUCAGAAUUGGAUGCAAUGGGAGAAAAACUGGUAUCCCACGUAUCACUCAGAUGUAUGCUCAUUCGUUGUACGGUUGCAGAACAUUCUACUUAACAGCAGGCCUUCCAUUGCCGUUGGAAUUUUGGCUUUAAUCACGUUUAGUGUUCCAGCCUCACUCUUGCUGCUGCUUAUUCAAAUCAUAUGUCAUUUGAAGGGAUAA